CGUUGGAUUACCUCUUGCCAUUCAUCCAUAUCAACAUAGAACAAAAAACAAUGGUAAGGAGGACUUUGCUCUUCCCGGUUUAGGUAGAGAAAGGUCCUUCACUAACCAACUACUCUAGACAUGCAAAGUUUUGCUGAAUGGAUGACGUUGGUUGCUGUGUUUGAGUUGUGGGAUGUCGCUGUAGUUAGGAUGUGCGGUGGUGUUGUUAUUGGGAGAUAAGAUAGUGUUGUUAUGGAAAAUGUUAAAUAAACCAAGCUGAGAUUAUCUAAGAAAUUUUUUUUUUGAUAUUCAACUUUAUUUUCCUCUGUGACUAACUCGUCCUGACCCCCUCAGCCUAACACCCGCUGUGACUACCUCAGCCUAACACACCGCGUAACACCCUCUGUGACUACCUCAGCCUAACACCCGCUGUGACUACCUCAGCCUAACACACCGCGUAACACCCUCUGUGACUACCUCAGCCUAACACCCGCUGUGACUACCUCAGCCUGACAUCCCCCCUAACAACCUCUGUGACUACCUCACCCUAACAACCUCUGUGACUACCUCAGCCAAACACCCUCUGUGACUACCUCAGCCUAACAACCUAUGUGACUACCUCAGCCUAACAUCCUCUGUGACUACCUCAGCCAAACACUCUCUGUGACUACCUCAGCCUAACACCCCCUUUGACUACCUCAGCCUAACAGCCUCUGUGACUACCUCAGCCUAACACCCUCUGUGACUACCUCAGCCUAACUCCCUCUUUGACUACCUCAGCCUAACAUCCUCUGUGACUACCUCAGCCUAACACCCUCUGUGACUACCUCAGCCUAACCCCCAGAGGUGUACUUGUGUGUAAACGGUCUUGUGUAUUGUUGAUGGAAAUUAUUGGGGACACUCGGCUCUAAAACUAAAUAAGUAUGUAUUUUAUUUUAGAUUGUCAAAGUCUCUAGCUUUUCUAUUUUCAUUUUCCAAAGUCACUUAUAGCUCAUGAUGGGCGUAUAUGUAUUUUUACUUCACGUGAAUGCUUCUUGCAUAGGUGGACGCUGUAUUUGUUGCUCUCAAGAAUUUGGAGUCGUGGGUGGUAAAAAUUUCAACAGGUUUUAUCGUAUCAUCUGAUGCUUUCUUUGAGAUCGUCACACACUCCUCACUGAAGUUCUUUCAUUCGUCUUUGUUUUGACAUGUUUUAUAUGUUAACAAAAACUAUUUUUUAACUUCAGGAAAUCCAGUUGCCGUGUCCCAAUAUAUGGAACUUAUUUCAAGUUAUUUCAAAAAUGGAAGCUGGUGAAAUGCAGAGCUUGCUGUACAAGAUAGCUGUGAUGAUACAAAGAAUGCAUAAAUCCAAUUUCAUAUUCGGAGAGUUACGAGCCUCCCAAAUCUAUGUGGACAGUACUUGUGUUGGUAAAAUGAGGGUAAUUUCUUUUUAAUGAUUUUAACAUAAGAAAUGAUACUAAAGAUAGCUCUAUGUUAUUAUUUUGUUUAUAUACCCUCUAAGACAGCGGCUCUCAACCUGUUGCUAGCGACACCUUUUGGGGGUCGCCUAAGACCAUCGAAAAAACACAUAUACUCUACAGUUAUAAAGUAGCAACGAAAACAAUUUUUAUGGCUGGGGGGUCGCCACAACAUAAGGAACUGUAUUAAAGGGGUCGCGGCAUUAGGAAGGUUGAGAACCAUUGCUCCAAGCUGUAUUAAAAAAAAAAUACUUGAUUGUAAAGCGAAUUUAAAAUUCAAUCCUAUCAUAAGUUGGGAAACAUCCCCCCAUUUUCAACUUUAUAUUUCUCAAUACGUUUCAACAUCGUUUUUGCUCUUCGUCCAUUGUUUGUCUUAGUCACAUGUCUGACCUUUACCUUUAACAAUGGGUAAAGCACACUUUACUAUCCACAACCCUUUUCACUGCUGUUCUCCAUUGACAGGUCUUCCCGGUAUCUUUAGCUUAUCUGAAUUGUGUGCCGGAGAAAAAGCGUCAGAUACAGUUCACUGUUCCAAACGACCCAGUCUCUCGGGCAAGGUAGAUCAUUCUGAGUUUGCUAACGUUUAGAGCCUCAAAGCAGGUUUUAUUUAUAGAAUCCUGUUAUAGUGAGCCCUUAAGAAUUGAAUGAUUGUUAAUAAUAACAUAUAAGUAAAAAAAAAAAUAAAAAAUAAAAUAAGAUUGAGAUUUUAUUGGGAUGAUCCAGAUCUGAAAUGUUUAUUUUUUUUAAAAAUAUAUUUUAAAAAACCAACAAAAAAAAAAGCGUUAUAUUAAAAUGAAUUGUAUUCCACUGAAUUAAGGUCAGCCCCAGAGAUCAAUCAACAGGGCAUUUACUCCGUUGCUAGCGAUGUUUACAGUUUUGCUGUUUUAGCCCUGGAGUUGUAUGAGACAAAAUGCCAUGCCGAACAGCAGACUGUGCUCAAUGCAGAUAUUGUGGUGAGAUGGUUUUGUAAAUUGAAUGAUGUAGUUUUUAUCUAAUUUAUUUCAUCUGUUCAGUUCUAUUCCUUGUAAAAAAAAUUUUAAAAAGAAGAAAAUCAUGUCUAUGAUUUACUAAUCACAUUUGAAUCAAGUUUAAUUAUGUCAUAUUAUUUUUAUAAUUUAAGCAUGACAAUAGCAUUUUUUAUCUCUUGGGAACAAUAAAAUAAAAAAGAUAGUAAAUUUUAUGGAAAAAAAAAGAUAUUUGAAUACAAAAAUGUGGAAUUCCUCCAAGAUAAAUAAUGAAUUGUCGGUUAGCCUUGAAAUUAUUUAGACCUUGAUCAUUACUACAGUAGAACCUCCUAUGAUAUGAAUAAAUACACCAAAAAUCUUAUAACAUCACUGAAUUGUCAUCCUUCAGCGAGAAGGAAAGAUCAACCCUGACAAUGUGAAAAAACCCAAGAAAAUGCCCAAAAGGUCAUUUGAUGUCUUGAAGAAAUGCCUGGCGCCAGCAGCAUCGUCGAGACCCAGCGUGGCGGAGAUAGUUUGGUAGGAUAUUUAGUUCGAAUAGACCAUAUGAAUAGACCAUAUGAAUAGACCAUAUGAAUAGACCAUAUGAAUAGACCAUAUGAAUAGACCAUAUGAAUAGACAUAAUGAUCUUAUUUUUAAAAAAAAAUAUAUCAUAGGCUGAUAUAUCAAUGUUAGGGCAGAGAUCUUCCUAAGCUUUACAGAAAUAUAUAUAUAUAUAAAAUAUGUAUACGGAAUAUUUAAUUUUAUAUACCUUUUUUUGGUACAAGAUAACCCAGUUCACAUUUAAUCUAUUGAUCUGUUAAUAUUUAUUGUUAAAAUAUUCUCGUGGGUUGGUUGAAAACAUUUCUUAUAGCUUAGGAUCAAUGACAGACAUAUUCAAUUCCACGCACUGAAACAUUGAAAAUCACCUCUGUAUACAUAGGAGUCAGAAUGAUCAAUACAUUGGUCACUGGCCCUUAAUAUAUAGAAGAAGAAAAAGACACUUUUUAUACCUUAAGAUUUAUAAUAGAAAUUUUUUUUUUAGCUCAGGAUCAAUGACAGACAUUUUUUGGGGGAUGGAUCAAAGACAGACAUUUCUUAAAAUUUAGGAUCAAAGACAGACAUUUAGUGCAUGCUAACUAAGCAAACCAUUUAGUAUAGUUAAAUGAAUUAGAAUUUCAGGAUUUAGAAAGAAUUGCAUUUCAAACAACUUAUAAAAAAUAUUUGGUGAUGUCCUAUCUUCUUCUAUUACAUGAAAUUACAAGCCAUGUAUUUCUAUGUAACUCAUUUCUAAUUCAGUGUCCUGUCUUCGGAUAAAACCUGCCCCACUGAUUUCCUGAGCAGCGACUCAAGUUCAGAUGUUUACCCUAACGACAAUGACACCACCGGAAGUAGUGAGACGAGCUGCCCGAGAAAACGAAAAGUGAAAAGAACCAGUCCUCAGUGGUCGCCAUUCGUGAGCCAAAAACUGACCAGAAGUUUGAGCAGUGGAGUCAUCAAUCCAUCGCAGUCAGAGUCAUCUGAAAACGAUCACGAAAAUCUCCGCCAACAUGAUACAAGAAAAGCGCUCAGCACGGAGCUCCAACCGGCCAGGAAUCACGCAGGGUGGAGAUAUCAGGUUAAAUCAAAUCGAAACUCCAGUGACAGUCUUCACACACAGGCGGCUCGCCGUAGUGUCAACGUUCGAUUAGACACGAGCUGUACGCAAGCUAAGGAUGGCGCAUGGGGGCACUCCUACUUCCAAGAUUCACUUAUGAAUCCCAGCAGCAAUGACGAAUAUGACGACGUGGCGCCUAAAACACCCCCAGUCACCCUCAGAUCGAAGAAGCCCCUUCAUAGAACACCCUCCAUAGUUGUUCAAUCCCAGGCAGCCGCGGGGAGAGGAGAAAGGAGAUUUAACCGUGACAGUUAUUUGCACAUAACCAACUCAGACACCGAGGGGGAAGAAGCUAAUAGCCAUGGUAACACUCUACAUGAAACACGUCUUAUGCAAUUCGAACAUGUUUAUGAUCUCAUAAGUGAUAGUGAUAGAGUAGAUGAACAAACUGUUUAUUUGGAGCCGUUCAAAUUGCGCUGACAUUCUGGUGCAUAUCCUUGGCAAUUAAGAGAGAAAAUCUGUUAUUUAAUAGCAAAUUAUGCUGUAUAGAUUAUAAUAUUCAGUAGCAUGCGAG